GGAAGUGAGGACUCCGCCAUAUUUGCUGUGUUGUUCUGCCGCUUGAGAAGUACACUUGUAGUGCCCUUCGCUACAGCUUUUAUCUACUCCAAGGGUACAAGCGAUGGACGCCAAGGAAUCUGUUAUGGGUUUCACGUAUAAAAUGACGGAUGAGGACACGGCAAAUCUAAUAAAAUUGCGUGCAUCAAAUGAAGCGCUCUUCACGGGGAAGAGAAAUGCCUCUAAAUUAGCCUGGAGGGCAGUGAUAAAAGAGAUGGGAUUGCAGGGGAAGCUGUCAUCAGGUCAGGCAAGCAAAAAGUGGGAAAACCUAAAGAAGAAAUACAAGGAACUGAAAUAUCCCCCAGGUGGACUGGGCGCCGCAGGUGGGGACGUCACGGCUGCCUCCUGGCACUGGUUUUACCUGAUGAACGAGGCCAUGGAGGGCCGUCUUGCUGGAAGCGCCCCUGCCCUGACGACGUCAUCGUACGGAGACGAGGAGGCGGACUCGCCCGGGACUUUGGCUGCGCGGGCGCAGUCCCGAAAGCGGAGGAGGGAAUCAGAGAAGAACGAAAUUUUGGAGUUUCUGAACAAUGAGGCGGGGAGGGAGGGGAGCAUGGAGGUGGAGGUGAAGGAGAACGACGAGGUCGAGAUGUAUAUCGCCAGGGAAGAGGCGGAAGGCGAGAGGGCUGCUCUGGAGAAAGAGAGGGUGGAGCUGGAGAAGGAGAGGGCGGAGCUAGAGAAGGAGAGGGUAGGGCUAGAGAAGGAGAGGGUGGGGCUAGAGAGGCAGAGGGUGGGGCUGGAGAGAGAACUGGCGGCGACAGACAGAGAUAGAGCAGCGCUAGAAAGGGAGAAGGCGGGGGUGGAGCGUGAUAGGGCAGCGGUGGAACGUGAUAGGGCACAGCUGGAGAAAGACAGGGCAGGGAUGGAGAGGGACAGGGCCACUCUGGAUCGGGACUGGGCCGUGCUGGAGAAGGAGAGGGCAGCACUGGAUCGGGAAAGGGCAAUGCUGAUGAGGGAUAAAGAAGCAAUUAAAAAUUGCACCCUUGAGGUGAAGAACAGUACCCCUGUGGUGGAAUUAGAUGCAGAAGCCUUGGAAAGGAGAGAGCGAUUUCUCUCCUUAUUUGAGAAGCUUAUUGAAAAAUUAUGAAGAAAAAAAAAACAAAAACUGAUGAAUAGUGCUCCUGUCGGUUUCUUUU